CAAAAGUUCUGGCUCUCACAUUUGUUUGCGCAAGCACCACCACCACCCCCGCGAAAGCCAUUAUACCCCACACAACACUUGCGCGCUUUCAAUUCGAAGCAACUACGCGACAAGUCAACACUGCAUUCGCAAUGACGACACGACGCACGCGUCGCGCCGCCGCGGCCGCUGAGGUCACAGAGGAGGUCAUCACGAUUGAGACGCGCAGCAAGCGCACCCGCGCUGCUCCCCGAAAGGCUGCCACGACCACCGCGACAACUUCCACCAAGACCAAGAGCACCACUAGAGCGAAGCGCGCGUCAACACCAACAGGCGAGACCACCCCUAAUGCGCGCGCCAACGCGCAACCCACGACGCGCCAGAAAACGGUUGCGACCACUCCCGCGCCCGCAACCAACAGCAAGCGCCGGCUGCGCUCCACCAACACCGAAGCAGCUUCACCUCUGCGCGCGCUCGAUGAGCAGCCCGCAAAGAGACAGCGCACUACCUCGAGAAAGGCACCUUCGCGCUCCGCACCUGCCAAGUCCGUGUCGAGUCAAGAUGACGACGAUGACGAGGAGACACCCAUGUUCUUCACCAAGAAGUUUGAUUCCUUCGAUGUCCAAGAGCCAGAGCCAGAGCCAAGCGCAGAGUUCAUGACCGGCGACGAGUCCGCAAUGGCUCUCCUCAGGCUUGUCCAGGAGGCCGCCAGAUCACCCCGACCCGUCGAGUCUGUGUCAGAAGUGCAACUUUCACCCUCGGCGCCCAAGUCACUCUCUCCACCUCCUGCGACCAUCCAUCAAAGUACCUCAACUCCCUCCAGGAGCAUCUUCGCAAGCUUCACUACGCCAUUCACAGCUCUUAAAAACUUGUUCGGUACUCCCGCAGCAGCCUCCCCGUCGCCAUCACCGACACCCUCACGACUGCCCCCAGCCGGCUCGAUGACGGAGGCGCUCUCUAUCCCGCCGACUCCGGUUGGUGAGCGCGCCAAGCGCACGAGCAAGAAGGCUAAUAGGAGGCCCAACCGCUUCGUCAAGACUCUGCUCCAAGGUGUCGAGCAGCACGAAAUCGACCAAGCCGCAGCAUGGGCGGAGAGGAUCGCUGCAGAUCUCCAGAAAGACUCGGCUGCCGGCGACAAACGCAAGCGCCUCGAGACGCCAGUGUUGUUUCGCGACCUCGAGCAUUUUCCGGCCAGCAAGCCCUGGCAGUCUGGGUUCCGCCUUCCAGAAGAUGUUCUCGAUCUGGAUGACGAUGAUGUCGUUCCCGCCUGGGCUGUGUACAUCUCUAUGGUCGAAGAGGAGCACCGACAGACCAAGAGAUCCAAAACAGCGCAUGUUACGCCUAUUGACGACGAAAUGCCGGCUUCGCUGAACGAGCUUUUCGGUAGUUCGACUACGUCCGAGAUGGACUUCCACCCACGCCGCGCAAUCGAACCCUCACCGAUGUUCGACACGCCUCUCAAUCACAAAGAAGGUGGCAACAUCUUCACCGAGCUGCACGGCCAUGAUGCAGUGGCCAGCGAUCGCGAGACCCUCCAGCGUGAGCUCAAGGCUCGAGGCAGUCAGGCUCAGAACCAGGUCAAGACAUGCCAGGCAAAAACAGCUCAAAGCCUUACCAAAGCGCACGACCCCGCGCAUGGCUCUUUCAGCGUUCCAGAUUCGGACUCGGAGGAUGAGGACGAUGAGGUAGCCAGUGUGCCGCCCGUCUGGACACAAGCUCCGCCACCGGCACCUACGCCAGCCCAUGUGUCACUGCCAAACACUUCACAGCAGGAAGUGGAGCGUCAACGCCAGAAGUUGAUGAAGCAUACACCGCACAAGCCAAGCCGUCUACAGCAAGUGUCAUAUCCAUCACCAAGCGUCAUGUCUGACGCGGGUGCAUCCCCCAUGAAGCUAUUUGACGAUGAGAUACCUUCGAUUGAGCCACUUGUAUUUGGCGACGCCGAGCUCGACGCGGCAAUUGCUGCGCUCUCGAAGUCGGAAGGCCUGGAGGCCAAACUUUCGGCGAUGCAUUGGUCUAUGCCAGUCAUGAGCUACGACUCGGACGAGGAAGAAGUCUCGCCAAUUUGAGGCGAUUUACGAGUUUGACGAAUUGACGAAAAGAUACCCCGGUCGUUUUGCACUGUUUUGUUAGCGUUGGGUAAAGGAGGCGUUUUUGAAUAUCCUGAAGGGUUUGAACAAUUUGAGGAUUUUGAGGGUCUGGAAUUGGAAAGUUUGGAAUUGAAAAGUUUGGAACUGGAAGGUUUAGGAUUGGAAAGUUUGGAAGAGUUGGGAGGGUUGGAAGGCUCUGAAGGCUUCGAAGGACUUUAAUGUUCUCUUGGUUUGUGGGAUGGCUUGCUCUCAUGUACUGUAGUUUCCAAGCUCUACCACGUUUUACCAGGUUGGAGAACCCGUCGGUCGAGCUUGUCCGCAAGGACUCGCUCCUGAGGGUGAGCUCGCCUGGUGAAGGGUUGGCCACUGCUAGCGAACUAAGUUCACAAGAUGCUGUAGCCACCAGAGUGUACCGUGAGAAUGGAUCGAACUGGUUGCUGAGUACAAAUACAUCGCAG